GGUUGGCAUAGCAACAAAGGUAAACAAAUGGAACAGUCGCUGUGAGGCUGUGAGCUUAGGACACCGAAGCCACCGAAGUUGGGUCGGUUCGCCGGGGCGCGGGCUCCUCCUGAUCGUGUCUGACGGGAAUCGAGCACAUGUGCAAUUCACUGAGAGAUGGACGACACCUUUUCGAGUGAGUACGAGGAAUACACGUCCGAAACUGGCGGGACGUCGACAGAGGAAACCACCAGUGGCUCCGAGAGUGACGAGUAUGAGACGGCCGACGGCACGUCCCUCACCAGCCGAGAGAGAUCGGCUGAGUGCAGGAAGACGUGCGAAACGCUUCAGCUGGAUGAAUAUGAUGAAAUGAUUACGUACACUCCUAGCAAUCGCACAAGCACUCCUAAGACACCUGCCUCCCACGUCGUAAGUGAAAGCAAUAAGUGCAAUAGUGUCACUAGUUCUACCGAAAAGAAGCCAAACGGCUUCAGUUCGAUAUCUUCUGAAGCAAUAUCACCCGACAUGGAAGUACAACCUGUGUCUUUGUCAAUGUGCGAGCCACCGAAGAACUUCGCAGCCUUCAGUAUUCAAACGAAGGCAGAUAAGGUGGACCCUAGGCCUGAACUGUUGGUGUCUGGACUCCCGGUCUUCGAAGCAGGCAAAUACAAUGCCUACCUAUCGGGGAACCGUUUUAACGGUCCCGUUAAUGGCAGCGACUCUAAUCUUGCUCCGAGUGCUGGGAGCCCGUUAGUUCAGGGUGGGAAAGUUCAUUUUCGUCAUCCAGUGAAGGAGCGCUCCUCCGAGCAUUUCGUCCACUCACAGAACUUGCUGAAGGAGGGCAAGGCCCGUGAGAAGCUGGCCGUCACUGGAGAUGCCAUCGCAGCGCCGCGCACCCGUAAGCUGGGCGUAGCUGGCAGGCGGCGUGCCUCGGCGCGAACCACCGCUACCGUCCGGCUGGAGCUGGAGCUGCACUCGACCUGGGGUGGCGAGGAGCGUGCCGGCCUUUCCGAGCUGCAGUUUGUAGACGGACACGGCCGCAAGGUGCAGGUGGCCGCACACCGGGACCUGCUGUCGGUCACCGGUGUCCACGAUCUGGCCAGCACCCGCACCGUGUCCAAGCUGUUCACCGGUGCCGGUGAGCAUGGUGCUGCGUUCACCGGCUGGACAUGCCCCUUCAACGCAUCACCGGUGUCUCUGAAACUCCUGCUCUACCCCAGCGACGGUAAGCUCAGCGCGGUGAAGAUUCGCAACUACGGCAGUACGAGCCGUGAGCAUGGCACUGGAGUGCGACUUUUCCAAGUGCGACUGGACGGAAGAGUCGUUUACAAAGGUGAGCUUCCUAAGGGAAACACUCAGCUGACAGUCAUCAAGUUGCCUCCUUUUGGACCUGAGACGGAACGCAGAGCACAGUCGGCCAGGGAGAAAUCCACCAUGUGGUUACCUGGUGGUGAUAACAGUCUGCUCGAGCUGUCCAGCGAAGAAGAAGAGAAGGAGGACGAGAAUGAUUGUGCGUCAACGCACCAUUUCUCCAAGGCUGACGCGUCCUUGCCAAAGACCAACGCCGCCCCGAUGCCGUGCUGGUUCGGCUCCUGGUCGAAGCCGUCAGCACCAGAGCGAGGCGGUGUGCGACAUAGUGAACCUAUGGCUGUCCAGGACCUGGAGACUUUGGGUACCGGCUUUACCGGCGACCGGGCGCCUCGCCGCGGCUCGGCCCGGUUCGGUCGGCGCGCGUGCACCCCAGGCUCAGCGGAGCUGCUGUCUCAGGCGACCGCUCCCAGCCCGUCGGGGACCGACACAUCCGGUGGCUCGACGCCACGCCUUCUAGAGAGCUCUCUGGAGGAAAGUUGGAGUCAGCUGGAGGCGUUUAACCAUCAGCAACGUGGACGACUGGUCAACAGUGUCAUGGAUGACAUUCCACCGUGGACUGACGGAGACACCUCGCGAGAGGCCACGCCGACGCCAACCAUGUUCAGUCCUACUCCGGACACUGACCUGAACAUGGACCAGCUGGUGCUCUGUGAUUGCGACAUCCCGGAACUUCCGGAUUGUCGACUGCUGACGCUCAACAUCAAGUCAACCUGGGGUGACAUCCACUAUGUGGGGCUCAAUGGCAUCGAGGUGUUCGGUGCCGACGGCCUGCCGAUCAAGGUGGCUUCCAUCACGGCGGAACCGGCCGACAUCAACGUCCUACCCGAGUACCGGCGCGACCCGCGCGUGGUCACUAACUUGAUCGAUGGCGUGAACCGCACUCAGGACGACAUGCACCUUUGGCUGGCGCCUUUCACUCCUGGCGGCGACCACUUGGUGCGGCUUGAUCUAGGUCGCCGACACCGGCUCGCUAUGCUGCGCAUCUGGAACUACAAUAAGUCACGCUGUCACUCGUUCCGCGGCGCGCGCCAUGUCGAGGUGCACCUGGACCGGCGGCCGCCGUUCUGCGUUGAGGUGGCGCGCGCCUGCGGUGACAUCCAGGGUGGCACUGAGGCCUUUGGUGACACGAUCCUCUUCACCACCGACGACGCCGUGCUGGAGCGUGUUUCGCUUCACGACGCCUCGUUCGCAGCCGACCCGACAGAGGCCGACGACGAAGCGGCACGUUACCUAAGUGACAGGCCGCGCACGGCAGAUGCUGACGACUCGCUAGAGCGUCCCUUCACCUCACAGCUGCGGGAGCGUCCACCGACGGCGGCCGGCAGCGCGCUGCGCGCCCGUGAGGUUCGGUUGGUACUAACCUCAUCCUGGGGCGCCAACUGCCUGGGGCUGACCGGUCUGCAGAUCCUCAGCGAAAGUGGCGAGCCGGUACAGCUGAACGCCGAUCAGCUGAGCUCUUCGGCGGCUGGCGGUGAGCUGGCCUGUCUGGUGGAUGGCGAGUUCCUGACGUGUAACCGACGCCACAUGUGGCUGGUGCCGUGGUCGACCGGCCAGCCAGUGAGCAUCACUAUUCGGCUAGUGGCUGCCACCUGGCUAUCCGGUGUGCGGGUCUGGAACUACAACAGCUGCCCGGAAGAGGCCGACCGCGGUGUGCGCACUUGUCUGCUCGAGCUGGACGGUCGCCGGGUGGGCCCGUCAGAGGACUUCCUGUUACGGCCAGGUCCCGGCCACCUACACUUCAACUGCGGCCAGCUGCUGGACUGGUCGGGCUCCAGCUCACCGCCGCCAGCCUCGCCUCCGCAGCAGUCGCCACCGCCGGCGGCGGCCCCGCGGCUCACACUAGCCGAUGCCGUCAGCUACGACGAAUACGAGGCCCCAGAGAUGCCACGUGGCUUCGUGUUCCAGCUGCAGCUCAUCUCUAGCUGGGGCGAUCCCUACUACAUCGGUCUGACUGGUCUGCAGCUGUUCGACGGGUCCGGCCGGCCGCUGCCGCUGACGGCGCAACACGUGGCUGCUCACCCGGACAGCGUCAACGUACUGGACGGCAUCAGCCACGACGUGCGCACGCCCGACAAGCUGGUGGACGGCGUGACGGACAGCCGCGACGGCCGCCACUCGUGGCUGGCGCCGCUGCUGCCAGACUGCCUGAACCGCGUCUACAUCGUGUUCGACCGGCCGCAGACCGUCUCCAUGGUGAAGCUGUGGAACUACGCCAAGACGCCGAGUCGUGGAGUGCGCGAGUUCGGCCUCCUCGUCGACGGCCUGGUGGUGUACAACAGCGUUCUGGGCCGCGUGCCAGACGCCAGAGGCCGACACGAGCCGGUGCCCUAUCACACGGUGCUGUUCACCUCCAAUAAGGAGAUCGCCCGACGCGAACGGCACUCGGUGUGUAGCGCUUCGCUCGAUCAGCACCGAGUUCGGCUGCUCAACAACAUGCGGCCGCCGGCGUCGCUGACCGGCCGUGGCGAUCGCGCGGUGGCAGAGGUAGACCAGAGCCGGCGGCCGCUUACCUCCCAGACCAGCCUGGCGACGGGCUUCUAAGACGAACUCUGCCGAUGGCUGGUCGCCGACCGACAGACAUACGUGCUCGAACUUGCGUCGGCGCGAUGCCGGUGCUGACUAUGAUCUCUCCUGUGAUCAGGUGUCUUAUUAUUAGUCCGAAAUGGACAGACCGAGACCUGAUGUGCCGGCCUACGUGCAGGCACCGGUGUCCAAUCGUGUAUUCCGCAGCGCCUGUUGUACUUCAGAAACAUGCACGUUUCCACAGCGAUAUUGAUGUUCACGGUGAUCCGUUGGUGUAUGAUGCCAGGUGUUUGAAUUCUUAUUCUUAUGAUAAUGAUGCGACACUUCGAUGGAUCUCGGUCUCGCAGCACCUGCUAAGCCGCGUUAGUGAUACUGUCCGUACUGGUUACGAUUUCCACUGCAGUCUGUCUGUGCCAUUAGUCGUGUACCUGUUUAUGUGUCCUCAUUUUCUUGUGGCUGUAUGUGCGUGCCAACUAUACUGCAAACUGUAAGUCCACUUUUGGCCUACCGCACACACACCUUACGAAUCCGCUAGGUAUACGGCAAAUCAGAGCUGUUGUGUUUAUUCCUGACAUUGUUGACUAUUAAAUAAAUGUUUGCCGUGGUGGAUACGGACUUGAAU